AGCCGCACUAAGGCCACAGAGACCCUCGUGCCAGGCCACCUGCCCCGGGGCAGCCGCACGCUGCCGGCGGAGCCGGCCCCGCAGCCCGCCGGGGGAGGUGGCUCUGCCCGCUCUGCCGCCGCGGAAGUGCAGGCGCCGCCCCGAGAGGCCUCCGGGGCGCACUCCGCUACUGCGGGACCAUGGUGCAGCUUUACAACUUGCACCCGUUCGGGUCGCAGCGAGUAGUGCCCUGUAAGCAGGAGCCGGCGCACUUCUGCUGCGGCCAGGACGUGCUGUUCGUGGCCAGCACGGCGGCCAGCUGCAGGGUAGAGGUGUUCGCCGUGCGCGACCAGGGCCGCUGCGAGCCCCUGGGCUCCUUCGCCACUCUGGGGCCCGUGCUGCGCAUGGCGCACAGCUCGGCAGGAGACUAUCUGGUGACAAUUGAAGAAAAAAGCAAAGCAACUUUCCUAAGAGCAUAUACGAACUGGAGAUGUAUGUCUGCAGGGAGCUCUCGUGUGUGCGUUCGGAUGGUUGGUCACAAGAUGGAAGAGUCAUACAGUGAAACCUUGAAAGAACAGAUGUCAGUUGUUGAAAUGCCACUUUCAGACCCUCCACUGUGCAUUUCAUGUUGUCCCGUAAAUGGAGAUCUUCUUGUGGGCUGCAAGAAUAAACUAGUCAUAUUCUGUUUGAAAUACCUGGUCAUAAACCAGAAUUUGACUGUGUUAGAUUUUGAACGCUCCUUAAUUUUGCACAUUGAUAAUCUCAUUCCUGCUGAAGUUGCAUUUUGUGCCAGACAUAUAGCCAUAACAACAGAGCUGGACGUUCUAAUCCUGAAACUGGAACUGGUCCAGCAAAGUGCAGACAGGACAGAGCAAUGUGCUCAGGGAGUCAGUGCACCAGAAAAGACUGUGGAUGGAGGUGUGAAAGAUGAAAGCCCUUCAACACAUACUUUGCAGCUUGAAUUAGAUGAGUUCAUCAUAUGUCAGAAGCCAGUGGAACUGCUUGGGGAAGAAAGUAAGCUAUGUGAGAUACCCAUCACACUGGAAUCCACAGAGUUACCUACUGAGGACACAAAGUGCUUCCAAGUGCGGUAUCUGCUUUUCAGACGUUUUACACCCGACCAGUCACCGUUUGGGUUUUGUGAAGAGACGAAGCUGCAUUCUGUUCAACUGCUCCCUGUAUAUCAGACAGGAAGCUCUUUGACAGCCUAUGAGGAAACUGAGAACAAGAGAGAACUACUGAGUCUCUUUUGCUUUUUCUCUUUACCUCAUGUUGGAUAUCUCUACUCUAUUGGGAAGGUAGUAGAAGUAAUUUCUACUUAUCAGUAUUCAGAGAAGUCAGAGCAGGCAGUCCUUACUCCACAGUUCCUGCACGUCAUUACAAGUGAGAACCUGCAGUGUUUCACAGUGAGAUGCAGUGCAGCAGCAGCUCGUGAUGAGGAUCCCUAUAUUGAUACGACUGUGAAGGCUUGUCCACCUGUUACACUGGAUGUCUGCACAUUAAGAAUGCAGCUUUUUAUAGGACCAAGAGCUAUCUGUCAUUUCAAAAACCAUAUAAUUCUUCUGACUAAGGCAGACACAGAAGAUAUUACUGAAAGAAGAAAGCCUACAAGAAGGAUGCUUUCCAGAAAGGCUGACAGCAUCAAAUCCAGAACAAAUUCUGAGUCAGAGCCUGGUUGGAAUUUAUAUAUUAUAAACACUGUUUCAACCAUUCAGCUUUACAGAGAAAUGGUAGAUUAUAGUAGAACUUACGAAAACGUUAAAACUGAGAGCUGCAUCCAUCUUUUAAGUGAGGCUCACUUACUGAUCCGAGCAGCUAUAAUGGACCCUCAUUUCCUUAAAUCAGAUGAGAAAGAAGAACUUCUAAGAGCGUUCAGAGAAAGUUGUGCAUUCUUAGGAGACUGCUACAGCAGAUUUGACACAAAGGAUUACCACCUUGCUUUGCCAUACUACAGAAUGUCAGGUUUAUCCAUGACUGAAGUUUUACAGAGACUAGUUUCAGAAGGUGAUGAAAUACAGACAUAUGAGAAAGGACUUAUAUUUUACUUAACUCACUCUCUUAACGAAGACUUGAAUGAAGAAUUAAGCAAGGAAUCAGGAAAUAAAAUUCUCCAGAUAUUCUAUCUCGCUGACCCCGUGCAGCUGCCUCAUAUCCUUUGCAGCCCCUGCAUGAGAAACGUGUGUCCUUUGACAGCUGUGAAGUAUCUUCAGAAAGUAGAAAAGAUGAUGCCAUCAGUGGUCCUGACACUUACUAAGGCUUUUUUGGCUCUGAAAAUGGGAGACCUGAUAAUGUAUGAACAUGAGAUGGACUCCUAUAAGGAGACAAUGCUGGCUUGUGGCUUCACUGGGCAACCACAACUCUUGAGGCAGCGUAAGGGAGGAAUUGUUAUGCCAACUGAGUUUGCUGUUCACCUGAAGGAGAUGCAGCCUGGUUUACUCAUCGCUGCCACUGUGGCUUUACAUGAGAACAGAAAAAUUGAAUUGGAAGAAGCAGAUACCUUUUUCAAGAUGUUGUGUAGUAAUAGUGAAAACACUAUUCCUCAGCUCUUGGUGGACUUCUGGGAAGCUCUUCUUGUAGUGUGCUCUCAGGAAGAAAUACUUCAGGAGCUCUUGCUGAGGGUUACUUCUCAGUAUGUUUGGAGGAUAUCAAAGAAGCAACUUCCUGAGACUAAGCCGUUAAAAACAACAGAGGAUCUGAUAAAUUCCUGUAAUCAUUUUGGGUUGAUUUUCCCAUGGGUGACUUCCAUAAUGUCAACGGGAUGUUCAUCUGAUAAAGAUUACCAUGAAGACAUCUCAAGACUACAGUCUCUUUUAUGUAGUCAGUCAGUCACUGUGGCUUCAGUUGUGCCUGUCCUGGAGCCCCUGGCAGAGGCUGGCAGUGUGGGCCUGGCCGUGCGUGUGCUCUGCAGUACCCGGCUGGGCAGGUACGAGGAGGCCCUGGAGCAGCUCCUGCCGAGGUGUCCUGGUGCGGCCGUGCUCUACGCUCAGCACGAGCUCAAGGGUGACAACCAGGCUCUGUGGUGGAACAAGCUGCUUCCUGAACUUUGCAAGAGAACUAGACUCACGGGAAAUGACUGCCCUGUUCUCAUUUCAGCACUCAAAGAAACUUUAUCAGUUGUUGCAAUGGAAUUGGAACUAAGGGAUUUUGUCAGUCUUCUACCAGAGGAUGGAACUGCAGCAUUUUUCCUGCCACAUGUUCUUCACUGCAGCCAGAGGAAGCUGCUGACCUAAAACAAUGAAGUCUACUAUCCACACAAAUACAAAGAAUGUGCUGGAAUAAAAAAGCAAAUGAAACAAAGAAGCAAAUGAAAGAAACAGCAGAGCUGUAUAAAAGGUACUGUGGGACUACCCUCACAUAAAUCAUCUUACUUCUUCAUUGAAAUCUUACAUGAACUACUGAAGGACAACUGUCAUCUGAGGUAAAGCAACUGUUUUGAAGGUAACCGUGGUGACAACUGAAAAAUACUGUACAGUACAACUGGACAUACAGUGUUCACUGAAAGUAAAGCAGGAAGUCAGUCUCAAAUCUGUAUUAGUUGGAUCACUGACCUAGGGAGUUCAGGCUCAGGCAUGUGUCUACCUGUAUGAGUAAGUACCUUACUCUUCCAAGUGGUUGGGCCCUACUGACUUCAUUUUGCAAUGCUGGAAUUCACUCCCUUGAAUUCCAGCUGGCAAAAUCAGUCAGCUGCUCUGUCAUCCUAAGGACAUACCCAUGCGAGUGUUACACUGAAAAUGUUUUAUUUAGCAAUUCACAAGAAAAGGCCAUAAAUCCAAGAGAAACAGAGGUGGAAGAUAGAGACUGCUGCUUGCUUCCUGGUUUUAGUUUUCUUUCUUCUGUUGUAUUCAGUUAGUAGAAAAGUAUUUGAAGUAUCACUAGGCCAUAAAUCCAGCUGAAAACUCUUAUUUCUUCUAGUGUUUUGCUAAGCAUCUGGGGUACUUGUGCAUGUAUAUACUGAUGUUUGUCUCGUGAACAGAAAGCAUACUUCUGUUCCUUCAGAGCUGGAAUUCAGUCAUAAUAAACUGUCACAAUGUUUAUGACUUUCUUA